CAGUCGCAAACAGAGACCAUGGUACACAACAGCGCGCAGUUCGUCCUCGGCACCCCGGAGCUUCUCCUCUCGAUCGCGACCUUCCUCCCCGGCAAGGCGUUUCGCGACUGGGACAACGCCUUCGAGAUGCUUGCCGCGGGCCACGAGCACAUGCUGCUCGAGAAGCCCGAGAUCGUGCCGUCCGUGGCGGACGUCGAGCGCGCGAUUGACGCCAACCGGCUCGACGUGCUGCAGAUUCUCGUCGAGCGCUACAACGUGCCCUGCCACACGACGAGCUUGGUCAAGGCGGCUGCGGCCGAAGGCAACGUCGCUAUGCUGCAGUACAUGCUCGGUCGUCGCGCCGCCACUGUGCACUACGACGGCGUGUGCGACAGCAUCGUCUACGGCGCAGCGGCAGGCCAUUUGGAAAUCGUCGAGGAGCUCGCGCCGCGCGUCUCGCCGCGCACACUGCGGAAAGCGCUUGCGUACGCUGCCGACUUUGGCCAUGUUGACGUGGUCGCGCACCUCGAGGCCACGCUCCUCAACUGGCACGAGGCCGUUGACGAAGCGACGUGCCCGACGCGAGACCUCUACUCGGUGCACUCGAUCUACGUGCCUGCGCCCCACUCGGCGAACGCGGGUCGUCCGUCCCGAUUGCAGCGCAUGCACACCCGUCUCUGCCACUACCUAUGCCCGGCCCUUGCGUAGCGCGGUUCCAUUUGCCGUAUAUAUAAUACUAAUGUUAACUUACUAUUCCAAGCUCCCUUCCAAGCCAA